UUACGUCAUUCUCACGAGUUGUUUAUACACUGUGCAGAUCAGCUGUCAGUGUUUAGUCUCUUACUCAUCCGUCAUCCACACAGGCACCGACAGGAUGGCACAUCCCGAGUGGACACGUCUCUUCCAGAUAACAGCAAAGGACCUUAAACACGGAGACUUCUGGCGUCUAGAAUUCGAUGAAAGUCUUAAACAUGACUGCCAAAAACCAGGCUGGAAGAAGUGUAUCGUGAGCACCGGUGCAAGGUACAAAUGCACAAAGUGUGGAAGAGGCUGGUCUUCUAACAAAGUGAGGGUUGCCUGCCACAUGCGCCUGUCAUCCGGGCAAGGCGUUGUCAAGGUGAGACCCUUCUGUCAGAACUGCAAGAAGUGCAGUGAAGCUCCAAUGGAGAAGCCAAGCAUCGACUCAGAGAACAUCAACAUCCUCAUGAAGAAUCUUGUGGAGAAAAUACGAAUAAAAUGCUACAAUGAAGACCUGGGCAAAAAGAACAAGCCUUUCAGAAGAUUUGAUGGUCAACGUCCCCAUGAGCCUGCUCAUUGUGAGGCCUGUAUGCAAGGCAUUUGUCCAAGCUCUUUUAAAUAAGAAAAUAAAAAAGAUAUACAUGUAAAUGUGUGUUUCAGGCCGUUGAGAGUUUUACUGCUGCUUUAUGCCUAAGCUUAUAUUGAAUAAGCAUCAGUUGACUUAACCUCCUGUCAUUCUGUUACAUUGUGUUGCUUUCAUCAUCUUCAUAUGAUAAUACAGUGCAUAUAAGCUAUCAUAAUUAUUCAUUUUUGUAUUUUCUUGUUUGUUUUUAUCUGCUCAAAAGCAUUAACCCUGCCUUAAAAACAGAAAUGUAAUAGAUCAAUAAAUUUGUAUGCAAACAAUUA